AACAGCAAACUUGGCCCGACUACGUGCGUAAGUACAGAAACUAUGGUCUCCGAUUUCUGACUGGGAAAGCCCCUUCAACUGAGCUACCUGGGCACUUGUCAACCUGGUUCUAGAGAUACUUCAAACCGAAACAUCUACUGCGACCAACAGAUAUGCCCGUUUGCCAGUUCCAUAAACAAAAUAGAUGCAUGUUUGGGACUGCUUGCAGAAACAUCCAUGAAGUCAAUAAAUCACGCACUCACGGUGAUCCGCCUGUCGACCCAAGGUCCAACAUUAUUUGCAAGUACUAUAUCAGAAAUGUGUGCGAACGGGGCGUGAAGUAUCCGUUCAGUCACACUGUUGACUCCAGCACUGGCACGGCGCUAGAUCAACGCCUCGGUCACGAUGGCAGCAAAGAGGUACAGGAUUCAAGUGCAUGCCCAGCUUGUGGCGGCAAGCCACAUGAACAACUAGUUUGCGCAGACGUCAAAGCAGGCAAGAGAGAACGCAAUGAUGUCAACGACGCCCGGAACUGUCGUACUUGUCUUAUGCCUCUUCCGAAGCUUGAGUGCGCUGAUCUCGUCAUAUGUGCGGCAUGUAAGACACAAAUAUGCUGGCAGUGUGAGGAGGAAUUUGAAGUGAACGCUACAGCUGAGGUGUUUAACCAUUUUGAUGUUUUUGAGGAUAGAGGGCGAAAUAAUCCUUAAAGUAAGGUCGUAAUAGAACACGCUCUGGUGAAUGGAUGCUUGAAGACUAAAAGUAUGUCGUGAUAUAAUUUUGAAUUGUCAACGUAUGAAUGAAGCAAUACUUGUUGUGACUGGGUUUUAUAUGGAUUGAUGAGCUCAAGUAGUCUUUGGCAAAGUUACUCGGCGUCGUGUAAUAAAUCCUCGCACCACAGAUUUCCUGACAAUGACCGUUCUCCAAUAAACCUCGAGCAUAGAAGUCUUGAAGAACAUAUUUCUAUCUUGCUACGGGUUCUGUCUACCUAUGCAGGUGGGCGUCGGGAAGACGCAUGACGCUAACGCACGUGCUCGCGCGCCUCGCUCGAAUCGCCCGUCGUGG